UUCUUGAGAGCUACAAGUUUGUUCCAUUUUAUCCUCAGCAUACUCUUCAACCAGCCGAUGCAGCAUCUGUAAUCAUCCAAACUAUUCUCGAAAAUCAACCCACACUGCUCUUUACGGUCACGGAGGUGCACUCACCAACACGAUCGCCGAUACUUUCGCUUUUCGGAGAUGCCAUAGGAGAUCUUCCUUUGGUAAAGGCAUAUCUUACGCUUCUCUCCGGCACGAAACCUGAGCCGAUACCGAACGUCACCAUCUCAGAGGACAAGCUCAUGAAGCAACGAAAUGUGCUGCUACUGAUUUGCGAAAAUCUCUUUGCGGAUGAUGAAUUCAUAUCGGAUGCCAUCAACUGUCUUUCGGAACAGGGUUUCAUUCUUCUGCGUGAAACUCUUGGGAACAGCAUUAAGGAAGGGCAUCGUCGGCUGCAGCUUGUAAACACUUUGCCCCUGGAAAAUGAAAUAUUCAUGCUAUUCCAACAGAAAAAGUCCACGAUGAAUACGUCUGCCGAUGCACACGUUAUCAAAGUUUCUACCGAAGAUCCAACGAUUCCCUGGUUGCUGGAACUAAAGCAGGAAGUCAAAACUAAGCCAAUUAUUCUCUACGCUCAGGGUGAUGCUAUGUCGGGAAUCAUUGGUCUUGUUAACUGCAUCCGCAAGGAACCCAAUGUGCAAAACGUCUCCUGCUUUUUCAUCGACGAUCCUACGGCGCCUUCCUUCGAUCCAACCGUUGAAUUCUACAAAGAACAAAUUGACCUCGGGCUGGCCAUCAACGUAUAUCGCAACGGACAAUGGGGUUCUUAUCGCCAUUUCAAACUAUCCGAGGACAUGCAACAUCAACCAACGGCUAAACACUGUUUUGCUAACUGCGUCAAGCCUGGCGAUCUCUCGUCCUUCGCAUGGAUGACCGGUCCGCUUAGCGAACGCCCAGCAUCGAGCCCAUUAGUUAAGGUGGUAUACAGUUCUAUUAACUUCAAGGAUGUCAUGCUUGCAACGGGACGACUCUCGAUUGAAACAUUUAGCACCAACAGAUUAGAGCAAGAGUGUAUUUUAGGAUUCGAGUACUCCGGAGUCACCACGACAG